CCAUGUCCAUCCUGGUGACAGGACCUAUGCCCUGAGGACUUCCAGGUGCAGCUCAGUGAUCCUUUCUCAGCAAGUAAGACUCAAAGACCACCAGCUUCCCUUCACUGAGAAGGUUGUGGGUUCCUCUUCCAAUGAUGGAGCAGGAUGUGGAAAAGGAGGUGCUGGCCUGCUCCCCUCCACAGCAGCCCAAAUUAUCCCCAUUGGCUCAGAGGCAGGAGGGACGAUGCAGCUUUUCCCCCCCACCUGCCCCUCUGCUGGGAAGGAGCGAGGUGUCCCCGCCAGCUCCCUAUCAGCCGCUGUAACCAGGGAAAAGGGGAAGGCCAUCAUCGGGACGCGGUGAUAACCCAGGGGAUGCGGCAGAGUGCAAGCCUGCAGCCGUGCUGCCACAGUGCUGCUCGCCAUGGAGGGACCGCACCGCAGCUGCCUCCUCCUCCUCCUCUGCCUGCUCCCACCACCGGGCAUCCCAGGCCCACCGCCGCCUCUGGAGGAACCUCGGGAGCUGCUGCUGCUGCCACCGUCCAGCACCGCUGACCCCACCGCUCACCUGCUGCGCGGCCACCCCUCGGCCCCGGUGCGGCCCUACAGCCUGUCGCUCUCCCCCGAGGAUUAUCGCUACGCCCCCAAACCCCGGCACCUGCGCCCCGGGCGGCUGCGCCGGCUCCUGGGCUCGGCCUUCGACCCCUUCUGGAUGGCGACCGAGGAGCCCCGCGAUCGCAACGGGAGCAUCCUCGAGGAGAACCUGGAAUCCCUGAGCAGGGAGCUGGCCGAGGGUGCCGGGCGGUAUCACCGCAAGCUGUGGCGAGAGGCGGAGGGGCUGGAGCUGCCCCCAGAGCUAGCGGGGGCCCAGGCCCGCCGCCUGCGGCAGUGGCUGGUGGAACGGGCCGCCUGCCGCCUCACCGCCGCCUGGGUCGACCUGGGACCCGUCUUCUGGCCCCGCUGGGUGCGCCACACCACGUGCGAGACCGGGUCCCCCGGCUGCUCCUGGCCCCCCGGCAUGAGCUGCCGGCCCGCACAGCUCACCCGCAUCAAGCUGCUGGCCUGGCACUGCUGGACCCCGCAGCACCCCGGGCCCCCAAACUGCACCUGGCGGCAGAUCCCCUACCCCGUCGUGGCCGCCUGCAAGUGCUCCUGCCGCUGAGGGGGCUGCGGGGGCUCCGGAGGUGCCUCCCGCUGCCUGUUCUUGCGGCCAAAAGGCUUGAGAAAAGGCAAACGUCUGCCUGGACUCACCCUCGGAGCUGGGGGAAAACCCCCCAGAGAGAAAUAAACCUCCCGGAAGGAAGUGGGGAUGGCUGUGGUUGUUGCUCUGUGUCUCCCUGCUGAAACCUCUGGGUGGGGGGUGCAGCUGCUUUGCCCCUCAGCCCCCUGAGGCAUUGGCACCAGCGGAGGCCCUUGUGCAGCGCUCAUCUCCAGAAAAGGAUGAGGGAUGGAAAAAUGAUGGCACUGAACAGCAAGUUCUGUCUGCACCAGGACUUUCUCAGUCCAAGCUGGGGCAUCCCUGCCUGCCUGGGUGGGGCUGCAGGCAGGGAAGCAGGGCAAGGGAAUUCCAGCAGAGAAAGGGUAGAGGUGGGUCACUGCUUGGGGUGGAAACAGCAGUGUGGAGAGGGGCUGGAGUGAAUCAGUGGGGUAGUUUGGGACUGAAACAAGGCAGCCUAGUGAGGGUAGAAAAAGUGGGGGGUGGGCCAUGACCCAGGGCUGGAAGCAUUUUUGGGGCUAGGUGUGUAUGAAAAUGGGAUGGGAUAGGAUAGUCCCCUACUCCGAGGUAAAAUGGGUGAAACACAUGGAUCCCUCAGCUAUCCCACAGUGCUGAGGGUAACAGCUCCAGACUCAGGACUACUUGAGCAGCACACAGGGUAUGGGGUAGGUCAGGGAGCCCAGGGUGGGAACUGCAUCCUCAAAAACUGGCAUCUGCCUCUAUGUUCCACUCAGCAAAACAUCCUCUGCUUUCUGGGCUAAAAGCUGCCUAGAGCUGUAGAUCAGACCUAGGCUGGAAGGCCUUGAAGCAAUAAAGAGCAGGAGGAUUUGCCUCAAUUCAAUACUAACAUGAUGCCUACAAGUCAAUGAGUACAGCAUUAUUCAUCACCAGUGUGCCAUCACCUGACCCUCCUGCCUUCCCAGGACUCCAGCACUCCACAGUCUGUUCCCCAGACAGCUCCAGAGUCUGCUGCUGAGCUUGGCCUUGAAGCAGGGAGAGUGCAAGGAGCUGGCUGCAGAGGGACCCGAGAGGUACAGAGGUGAGAGGGUCAGUGCGUGUGGUGAGAAGGGGAGCAGAAGGGCGAACCCACGUGCACAUGCAAAAACUAUUGUGAGCAUCACAGGAGGGAGGCUGCUGUUGCUGCUCUGGCCUGCAGCUGAGCAGAGAGACAUCUGUAGGGCUGCUCUGCCAAUGAGGAGGACUUGAAAGCUGGAGCAGGGUUAAACUGCUUGGGUUGUCCACCCUGAGUGGAGCGGAGGCACCAGCAGAGAUGCCUGCAGAAGGCGAGGGGAGAGGGGGAGACCAGGGCUGGGGACCAGCAGGAGAGAAAUGUGAGGGAAGGUGGCACAGGUGUGCAAUGGAGGUGUGCAGGUAGGGGGAGCAAGGGGUGCACGUGCAUUGGGCUCAAACCAGCAGUGAUUCAGUUUAGGGUCUCAACCUUCCUGUGCCUGAGCCCAUCUGUCUGAACUUUCACCUCUUCCAGGCCGCAGAAGGGCCUGAGAGCCAUCUCCCUGCCCUCCCCACUACAUCCCCCAUGCCAAAACACUGCCUGUUGAAAGGGGUUUGCAGCACUGUGAGGGCCCAGUAGCACCGAAAGGGAACUCCGUAUCAUAGUUUAUCAGCAGGCUGAGCUCAGGGCCUGUGGAGAUGGAAAAUUAAACAAAAUCAGCACACAGUUACACUACCGCCUGUUCUAGCAGGGUUUGGUUGCAGUCCUGUAGAAUCUACAGAACAUAUUUCUCCCCUGUCCUUUGCAUCCUUGUGAAGCCCUACAAUCCUGGAUUCUCCUGCAGUCACUCUGGCUCAGGUCAGACACUACUGCCCUGUAGUUUGCUCCCUGCCAGCCUAGUGACACAUUAGGACUUCAGAGCAGGUCUUUGCUAAUAUGACCCAGUGCUCCAGCAACCAGGCACAGCACACUGCAUUUCAGCUAGAAUCUGUGCGUGGCUGCAGCUACUCAUUCAGCACAUGGGCAGCUGCCAGGACAUAAAAUUUCCAGUCUGGAGCAAAACUGAUGCAAACAAAGCAAUCCUAUGAGAUGCCCACUGGUCCCACUCAUGCCUUUUUGAAUGCUGAAAUACUACAGCACAACUUGGAGGAACAGAGAUUCCUGCCACAUGGAAGAAAAUUAAAGGUUUCCAUCACCUGCUCUGCUCCUGGCCUUGGCCUCAGUCAGGUGCAGAUCCUCUCACCAUGCUGCUGGCCUCCACCACCUCAGCUUGCCCUCUGCCUGAUGGCCUUCUCUGGGGCAAGAUGUCUUUACCAGGGCAGGUUUGGAACCACUGAAGCAAUUGGGAAAGCAUUAUAGCUGGGGACCAAGCUGAGAGUGAGCAGAGAAAGGAGCACCGGAGCUUUGGCUAGCCCAUGUCCUCUUUCCCUAACCAGCUGCUGGUGGCACAAGUUGCAAAGAGCUUGGGAAACAUCCCUGCCUCAGUGGGGAAUUGCAGCAGUCAGAUCUGCCAGGGUGAUGCUGCUGGACCCACAGGACAGCACAGAAGAAGCAGGCAACCUCAGG